AUGAUGGUACCAACAUCGAAGAACGAUGAGUCUGUUGGCAAGAAGGAUAAGGGAGAUGUUGUGACAUUCCAAACGCUUUUAGCUGAAGGAAAACAGGCAUAUAUAUCAGGGAAAUUCAAAGAAGCUGAAAUAAAAUUAGGCGAAGCUGCUGAACUCUCUGUUAACAUUUAUGGAUAUUUUGCUGUUCCAACAUUUGACCCUCAUCUGUAUUAUGGUAAAACUUUGCUUGAAUUGGCCAGACUGGAGGAUGGCGUUUUUUCAAAUGCUUUGCAAGGUAUUGCAGCUACCGACGAAGAAGCAUGCAAGCAGCAGAACAACGAAAAACAUGAAAGUAUCGAGGAAGUGAAAUCACUCACUGAAAAAAAAAUAGCUGAAAUUGCGGAAAAAGUUGGUAAUGCUUUGGAAGAGAAUGCUGAUAUCUUGAAGGGAAAAAUUGCCUGUUGUCAUGUUGACUCUUUCAAUAUGCUGGAGCAAAAUAAAAAGGAAAACGGUACUGAUAUUCGUGUCGAUAACAGUGAAACAGAUAUAACUACGGAAAAUAAUGGAAAUAGUACAGAGAAGGAGCAAACGAAGGGAUACUGUGCAAUCGAAAGUGAUAAGGAUGAAGAUAAGAAUGAAACUAUGGUUCAUAAGGAAGAAAAGAACAAAAGUGAAGGAAAAAAAGAUGAAAAAACGGAGGACGAGAAGAAAGGAAGUGAUGGAGCUAACGACGAAGAAGAGGAUGGUAAAUUAGGUGAAAGUGGUAAAAAUGAAAUUCUAGAGGUCGACGACAAAGGAUCCAGUGACGUUGACGACGUUGAAUAUUUGCAGCUAGCGUGGGAGAAUUUGGAAGUUGCGCGAACCAUUUGUGAUAAGCAUUUAGAAGAAGAAGGUUGGAAAGAGAAGAAAGUGGAAGUUCUUCUGGAUCUCGCUGAUUGCUCAACCGAUGCAGAAAAUUAUAAACAGGCGAUUGAUGAUAUUGAUGCAUGUAUCUUACUCACGGAAAGCAUUUUCGGUGAAGUCGAUCGGCGUGUUGCGCAAGCUUAUUUUGUAAAAGGACGAACUCACAAUCUUGCCAAAGAUUUUGGGAAUGCAGCCAAAGUUUUUGGGAAGUCAAAAGAAAUUUUGGAAGCAAAACUGGCGAAACUUGAAGCACAGUUAGCACAUCAAAGUGAAAAAGAAGCAGAGAUAAUUAAAAAGGAAAUUGAUGAACUCAAAUUUCUAUUGCCCGAAAUUCAAAUAAAAAUUGACGAUUCUUUGGAAAGUGCCAGAAGUUUAAUAAAAGAAAAUGUUGUGAUGGAGGAUAAUAUGGAAGUGGUCUUACAUAAGUCAUCGAUAAAGAAAAUGCCUGUUGACGAUGUUAGCAAUUUGGUUCGUAAAAAGUUGAAAAGAUCAACUGAAGAUGAAGCGGAAAGGAAAACGAAAAGGACUAAAAGUGGUGAUGAUCCUGGGAAUGCUACAGUCUAUCCUUCUUCCUCAUCCGAAAUCUAG